GAGAAUAUAGACUCCGUUUCCGCCCAUCAAUUGUAUGCCGAAUCUGUGGAUGACUUCUCAUCUUACGGCUCGCCUUCCGACGACUCCACUCUUCAACGAGUGUUUAUUGCAAAACAUUUGAAUGAAACAAAUCGUGGAAUCGUUUCCUCAACGACUAACGCAUCCAAACAGACCAAACAUCACAACAAAUCGGUGGACAAGAAAAAGGUGCCAAAAAAGUCAACGGACAAGAAGUUGUCAAAAUUGGAAACAAGUGGUGAAAGUAUUGCUCCGAUUGUUGUCCUUAAGAAACGAAGAUUAGCGGCGAAUGCGAGGGAAAGGAAACGAAUGCAUUCAUUGAACACAGCUUUCGAUAGACUUCGAGAAGUGGUUCCCGGGAUUGGAGACGACUCCAAACUAUCCAAAUACGAAACCUUACAAAUGGCUCAACAAUACAUUCUCGCUCUCAAUGAACUACUAGUGAAGGCCUAA